AAGAAUGCAAUAUUCUCGUGUUUGUGCUUGUAUGUUAUUGAAAUACUUCUCUCAUAUGAUGUUAGAUUUCUUCUCGUUAAGAUGUCCUCUUGUCACAAGUUUUGAGAAACAUCGCUCGUUAGGCUAAGUUUGACUGAAGCAGUAAGUUUCUUCCAACCAUCUUUUUUGGAAUCAUACCUUGGAAAUGAAAUUGGAAAGAUCAUACUUCCCCAUGGAAAUAUAUGCCAUUGCGGAUGGCGUUGUGUUGCCUUAUAUUCUUGAUCCAAAUUUCGAGAAAUAUUUGCCAAUUAUACCAGCUGAAGUAGUUAAAGUAAACUUCACUUGGAAAUCUGGCGACCAAAAGUAUUAUUACGAUUUUGAUCAACUGAAGUCAUUUAACGAGACCAUCCUAAGUGAUCCUCUAAUAUCUAUCGACACAAAAGGGAAAGUUCCUCGAAAAUCCAGGAUCUUCCAAGUUAUCCUACCUUGUCUUCGCAAUCAGAGUGGCGUGGCAUCGUUUGGUAUCAGUUUAAAAAUAGAAAAUGAUAAAGGUACCUAUCUUCCGGGCACUCCUUUGCGACUAAAACUCAAGAAGCAAUGUGGAGAUCAUGGUCCUGAUCCGGAAUGUGACAAGAAGUGUGCCAACGGAGGACGAUGCAAUCAACAUGGCAUAUGCCAAUGCCCGAAAGGAUAUGUAGGAAAAUAUUGCGGUUCUGCUUUGUGCUAUCCAGUAUGCAUAAAUGGCGGUACAUGUGUAGCUCCAGGCGUAUGCGCAUGUGCAGAUGGUUAUCAAGGGCCUCACUGUGAAGGAGGAAUGUGUCGAGAAAAGUGUUUAAACGGCGGAAAAUGUGUUCAAAAAGAUACGUGUCAAUGUAGACGCGGGUAUUACGGGAGCCGUUGUGAAUUCAGCAAAUGCCACAGUGUGCCAUGUUUAAACAAUGGUAGAUGUGUGGGAAUCAAUCGCUGCCGAUGCCAGAAAGGUUUCACCGGAAACCAAUGUGAAACCGCUGUGACGAAACCUGCAGAACUGGCUAGACAUGAAGGCUGCAAGAAGAAGUGCAUUCACGGAGAAUGCCACGAGAAGCAAUGUGUCUGUGAGAAAGGCUGGUUUGGAUCUAGGUGCAAUAGGCGAAAGCCCAAAAGGAAGCGACAAAGGAAACUUCUACACUAACCCCAAUAAGAACGUUUGGUAUUCACCACAUCCACAGACAUUGCUUCAUGCUUUGUUGAUUUUUAAAACAAAUUUAGGUAUUGAAAUUCAAGUGGGAAUGAUAUUUCGCUUGAGCCGUGCCAAAUUCAUCAAACCAACCUGCAACUCUGAAGUCAUAGCUGUUGCGCUAACUGCACAAGAACACUUGACUGUGCAAGAGCUGCGAGAAGAACGAGGCCUUUUCGUUCAUCCCGUUGUUGUAAAAUAUCUUUGGACACAAAGGUGGUUUUUAUAUCGGAUGCCGUUGCAGGGCUAGUUCUAAAGUGCCUUUAAUACUGUUGAUGUGUUUUUAGAUCAAAUCUUACCAUGCAUGAAAAUGGAUGUUGCAACUUGAAAGAGUAUUUCUGUGAUAUGCAGUAGCGGAAUGCUUUUAGAUCGUGAAUCGUCACCCCAAGGGAGGAUGAGGUUAGACAUGCCCACGAUGUUCUAUACGAAAAUUCAACAUUUAUCAGCAAAAGCAGUUCAGAAAAUCACUUAUAUCUACAGGAUUUCAACAAUCCAUGUGCAUUCGCAAGCGAGAAAAUAUACUAUUAUUAGAUUUGGUGAGUGAAUAGCGUUCUCAGCACGCGUAUUAUAUCACUACUGGCGAUUUUGACAAACGUCGUGCGUGGAUAAUUCCGCUUAUAGAUCCAAAUUCACUAAAAUUAAUUUUCAAAAUAAUUAAUUUCAAUUAAAUUCCCCUUUAUUUAUCAUUAACUAAGGCUUCAUAUGUUAUCUAUAGGGUUUCAUCAACAUAUUUACAUCCGUAAGUGUGAUAAUCUGUAUAUUACUGGUGUCAAGGGAGCACUGUCCCAUAGGACGUGACAUAAUGAAUGAUGAUGUAAAAAAUGCUUGAUGAUAAUUCCGCUUAUGGAUCCAAAUUCACUAAAAUUAAUUUUCAAAAUAAUUAAUUUCAAUUAAAUUCCCCUUUAUUUAUCAUUAACUAAGGCUUCAUAUGUUAUCUAUAGGGUUUCAUCAACAUAUUUACAUCAGUAAGUGCGAUAAUCCGUAUAUUACUGGUGUCAAGGGAGCACUGUCCCAUAGGACGUGACAUGAUGAAUGAUGAUGUAAAAAAUGCUUGAUGAUAAUUCCGCUUAUGGAUCCAAAUUCACUAAAAUUAAUUUUCAAAAUAAUUAAUUUCAAUUAAAUUCCCCUUUAUCUAUCAUUAACUAAGGCUUCAUAUGUUAUCUAUAGGGUUUCAUCAACAUAUUUACAUCCGUAAGUGUGAUAAUCCGUAUAUCACUGGUGUCAAGGGAGCACUGUCCCAUAGGACGUGACAUGAUGAAUGAUGAUGUAAAAAAUACUUGAUGAUAAUUCCGCUUAUGGAUCCAAAUUCACUAAAAUUAAUUUUCAAAAUAAUUAAUUUCAAUUAAAUUCCCCUUUAUCUAUCAUUAACUAAGGCUUCAUAUGUUAUCUAUAGGGUUUCAUCAACAUAUUUACAUCCGUAAGUGCGAUAAUCCGUAUAUUACUGGUGUCAAGGGAACACUGUCCCAUAGGACGUGACAUGAUGAAUGAUGAUGUAAAAAAUACUUGAUGAUAAUUCCGCUUAUGGAUACAAAAUGACUGAAAUUAAUUUUCAUAAUAAUAAUUUUAAAUUAAUUAUCUUUUCAAUUUUUAUUAACCAAGACUUCAUUUGUUAUCUAUAGGGUUUCAUCAAUAUAUACACAUUCGUGGUAGAGGUAUUCCGCACAUUAGCUGUGUUAAGGGAACACCGUUGCAUAGGACGUAUUAUUUCGUGACCGAUGAUAUUAACAAAUGCUAUGUGCUGAUAACCCCGCUUAUACAUGUAAUUUGGGUAAAAUUAUUUUUAAAAAUAUUUAUUUUAAAUUAAAUUUUCUUUUAUUUAUCACUAACUAAUGCUUCACUUUAAAAAAAAUGUAGUUAGUGUAAUGAAAAAAAAAAAAAAAAAAUAUCUGGUGAAAAUAGAGCCGUGAAGUGUUUGCCCUCCCCAAGACAGUUGAUGAAUUGAGAAAAAGAUUAAUAAAGGAUUAUUCCACUUAUAAAUGCAAAAUAUCUAAAAAUUUUGAAAUAAUUAUUUUCAAUUAAAUUGCCUUUUAUAUGACAUUAAUUACUGUUUAACUUUUUUAUUUUCCAAAUAUAUAUAUAUUGCAGCUUUAGGAUAAUAUUAACACUUUGUCAAAUUUAUUGGCCAGGUUCCUGUUUUAUUAUAAUAUUCACUUAGUCAUUACAAUAUUUAUAAAUAUCAAGUGUCUAAUUAAAUAUAAUUGUGUAUACUGUGCAAAUAACAAUAAUAAAUAAAUAAAAAUUAUGUAUUUCACAAAGUUUUUAAAAUAGAAAAAUAAUAUAAAACAGAUAAUUAAUAUGCCGAUUUAAAUAAAAUGUAUUGGUGCGUGAAAAUAAAUUGAUCAGAUUAUUGACUGACUGAAGGCAAAUAACCUUCGGAAAUGAUGUUUUAGAAUAUUUAAAUGGUAUUAAAAAAUAUUUAUUAGUUUUAAGCUGUCGCAUGCAUCGCAUAUGAUUCACACUUAAUAUUUAAUUAGUUUAUGCCUACUUUUUAGUUAGAAGAUGCCUUCACUUCUACAGUUUAAGAAAUGGCACUAAAAAAGGGUCGUCUAAUUAGAAGAUUCAAAUCGUAUGCGUAAAUAAUGGCAACGUAGGUAUUAAAAUUACUUUUAAAUUUAAAUUAAAUUUUGUAAGCAAGAUGCUGAAACUAUCUAACUUAAAGAAGAUUAAUGAUUUUUAUUUUGCUGGGUCAUAACAUUUGUUUCUUUUAAAGUUACUUAUUUAAAAAUUAUACUAAAAAAUUAAAAUAUGUGAUUUUGGAAAGAGGAGAGAGAUUCUAAUACAGCUUAAUCCGAUCCUGGUCUUAGUAUAGAAUGUGCUAAAAAUUGCUUGCUUUAUAUUCAUUGCAUAUAUGCCUUAGUUGAAAUCAUACAAAAUGCAACAUGUAUGAGGUGCAAAACAACUUGAUACACAUAUAGGGCGAAAACAUCAAUUAUUUUAGAAUCGAAGUGAUGAAGAAUCUAAAAUUGGGGACACAGAAUUGCAGUAAGAAUCAAAUCAAAUAUCUAGAAAUGCGUAAAAUUUAUGAUCUAUAAAAGAAAAUACAUAAUGUUAUAAACAUGGUAAUUUACUUUAUAGUAACGAGUCCGUUUAUUUUUUUAACGAAUUAAAUUAAAGCUUUAUUUUAUUUAUAUCUCGUAUUAUUGGUACAUCUCAAGCAGUGUGAUUUGUAGUCUUUAAAAGAUUGAUCGGUAUUCUCCCAAUUUGCGAUCUGCCUUACUUAACUGUGUAGUUACUUUACUGAACGAUAGAUGGCGCCACAUAAAUUUUUUUAUAAAAAUAACUUUUUAAAGUAUAAUUUAUAUCAAAUAAACGAAUAAAAAUUAUAUUAUUUAUUAUAUUACAUUAUAUUAUUAUAUAGAAAUUCUAAAUUAUUUACUGGUUCGACAUAACAAACUUAAUAUCCACGGUCCUUUUAAUCGGUUGCCAUGGUUUCUUUGAAUGAAGGGGAUUAAGGGGAUUUUUAGCUACAAAGGCUGUCAUCCCAGCGUUCAACAAUGUUUUCUUUGGUUGUAGAUAUUUUGUGUCAGAAUCGUUUGAUGACUACAACCAUCAGACGAUUCACAAAUAAAUUGAAGAGUUGAUUCUUCGAUGAUUAACUCAAGAUAAAAUUCCCUAACUUUCGUUUUGAACGUGCCAUAAAAUAAAGGGGAAAAAAAAAAAAAAAACUGUGUAAAAACAACAAUUAUUGGGCGCCGCCACCUAUCGAUCUGUAAAGUAGUUACACGGUGUAGUAAAACAAAUCGCAUAUUGAGACUAUACCGAUAGACGUUUACAAAAAAAUAUCCAUGGAAGAUUCAUAUUACUAUAGAAAUACUCAUAAAUACGUGCAGAAAUACUCUUUCUAUGUUGUUUGAUAUACUCUUCAUAAUAGAGUAUCAUUGUUUUUCAUACCAUUUAUUCGUAGUUAUGUUUAUAUCAAAUCAUUAUUGUGUUAGGAAAGUUUUAUCAUAUGCAAGUAGAAUUUAGAAAUGUAUUAUAUUUAGUUUUUGCAAAGAAAAUUAUAUAAAUAUUUAUAAAAUUUAAAUCUUAUAUUAUAGAAAAUUUUGUUUAUAAAAACAGAUUUUAUACACACUUUUCAUAGAUUUUAUGAAAUGACAUUGCAGUGAAUUACAUUAUAAUAGAGCUGUAGAAUUAAAAACAUUUUUAAAUAUGGAAGAAUUCAAUUUAAUUCGUACAGAAUAUUU